AUGAUAAGAGCUAAAACAGAAUAGAGUACAUUAAUAGAGCUUAUCAAAAAAAAGAACCAUUAAAUAUUAAACUUCAUUAGAAACCUAAAAAUCAAAAAAUAACCUAAAUUGGAUAUUUUAAUUCUCUAAAUGUUUCCAAUAACAAAGUUAAAUUAAGUAUCUUAAUGUGAGAUAUUUUAAUACCAAAUCAAACUCAUGAUAUAAACUAUUAAUAUAAAAUAAAAUAGAUUAAAUAGAUGGGGAUAAAAACCUAUUCGAAUUAAUAAUAAGACUUCUAGAUUUUUUGAAAUCUAAGAAAACAAAAUAUUUAAAAAGUAAUUCUACACUAAUCCAUCUUAAGUUUAUGAGAAUAUCAAUUAAAGAAAUAACAUAUCUAAUUAAAGAAUUUAUUUGAAAAUUUAAAAAAGAACUCAAAAAUAUAAUAAUAAACAUUCUCAUAAUAAUAAAUAAUUCAUGAUUUAAUUGUUUUACCUUAAGUUAUAAAUGCAGAACUAUCUAAUCUGUUAGAUAAUAUUAAAAAAUAGUAAAUUUAUCAUAUUGAGGGAGGGAUACUUGUAUUUAUAAUCUUAGUUAAAGAUACAAAUGUUUGGUAGUAGAACUGUGAAAAAAUUAAUAAGCUCAGUUAAACCAUGGGUUAAUUAAUUAUAAUAAAAUAAAUAAUCAAAAUUUAAGCGAAUUAGUUUAGAAAUGAUUUAAUCGCUAAAUCAUAUACAUAAAUUAAAAUUAACACUAUAAGAAUUUUCUAAAAGAGAUGCAUUUCCAAAAGCGCCUUUCAAAAGUAAUAGAGGUGAAAAAUUCUUUAGUUUAUGUAAAAUGACGAAGGGAGAUUAAGUAUCUUGGUUUCUAGAAAAGGAAAAAUAUCUUGUAUGCUAAUAUGAUCCUUCUGUUAAGACAGCACUACAUAGGUGUUGCGUAAGAAAUUGUAGAGCUGCAAUUUUUAAUACUUUUUAAAAAAGAUGUAAAUCCAGAUGCAUAAGAUAUGAUAGGUAUCAUAAGGCAGAUUCUUGGAAUAAAGGAAUUUUAGAUUAUAAUGAAGCAGUAACUAAUAAUAUUGAAGGAAAAAUCAUAUUAUAGUAGGGAAGAAGUGAAUUUUAUUGA